AUGGAAUUUCAACAACAACAAGAUGAAGAGAUGAUAAACCAUGUUGGGAAAAUGAGCAACAACACGAGUAACAAUAACAAUAAUAAUAAUAAUAAUAAUAAUAAUUAUUUAUGUAGACAAAGUAGCACAAGAUGGACUCCAACAACAGAACAAAUUAAGCUUUUAAAAGAUCUUUAUUAUUUACAAGGAAUUAGAUCUCCUACUGCUGAUCAAAUUCAAAGCAUUUGUGCUAGGUUACGUCGUUAUGGAAAGAUUGAAGGAAAAAAUGUUUUUUAUUGGUUUCAAAAUCAUAAGGCUAGGGAAAGACAAAAGAAGAAGCUUACUCCUACUUCUCCUAAUAAUAAUAAUAAUAAUCAUAAUAAUAAUAAUAAUAAUUUCAUAAGAAAUAAUAAUAAUGGAAAUAUUAACACUUUUCAUGCUAAAUAUCCUUGCUCCUUCAAUAAUAAUCCUGGGGUUUCUUGUUCAAGUUCAUCAGCAGGUGUGAUUUCUGGAGGUGGGCAAUUGAUUGGGAAUUUUGGGUAUGGAGCUGUGACCAUGGAGAAUAAAUUUAGGGAUUGUUCAAUAUCAGGAGGAGGUAUUCCUAUUCCAAAUGGAGCAAAUCAAAUGAAUCAAUGGAGUAACUAUUUCAACCCAAACACUCCAACAUCUUACUCAAAUUUCUUUAUUGACAAGGUAUCAUCAAAUGCUGAUCAUCAUUAUCCAUACAUUAACCACAAAGAUCAUGAUCAUGAUCAUGAUCAUUAUGGCCCACAAUCACCUGAGAUUCAGACUCUUCCUCUCUUUCCCAUGCACAAUGAUCAUCAUGAUCAUGAUCUCGAUCUCGAUCUCGAUCUCGAUCACGAUCACGAUCACGGCUUCUACACCUAUAAGCCUCAAUCAGACGGCUGUAAUUAUACAGGAGGAUAUCGAUGGUCAUCUAAUGUUAAUGGUGGACAUACUUCUCUUGAGCUUAGUCUUAACUCUUAUGGCUUUGGAUGCUAUUCACCUCAUUAA